ACUCACACGGGUGAAAAGCCGUUUUCAUGUGUGAACUGUGGAAAAAGUUUUAGUCGUAAACAGAAUUUAACUCUGCACAUGAGGAUUCACACUGGUGAAAAGCCGUUUUCAUGUGUGAACUGUGGAAAAAGUUUUAGUCAUAAACAGAAUUUAUCUGAGCACAUGAGGAUUCACACUGGUGAAAAGCCGUUUUCAUGUGUGAACUGUGGAAAAAGUUUUCGUCAAAAACAGGAUUUAACUCGGCACAUGAGGAUUCACACUGGUGAAAAGCCGUUUUCAUGUGUGAACUGUGGAAAAAGUUUUAGUCAAAAAACAUUAACUCAGCACAUGAGGAUUCACACUGGUGAAAAGCCGUUUUCAUGUGUGACCUGUGGAAAAAGUUUUAGACAUAAACUUUGUUUAACUCAGCACAUGAGGAUUCACACUGGUGAAAAGCCGUUUUCAUGUGUGAACUGUGGAAAAAGUUUUAGUCAUAAACAUAAUUUAACUAAGCACAUGAGGAUUCACACUGGUGAAAAGCCGUUUUUAUGUGUGAACUGUGGAAAACGUUUUACUCAUAAACACCAUUUAACUAAGCACAUGAGGAUUCACACUGGUGAAAAGCCGUAGAAGUAUUUCCGAUAUAGGCCUGUCGCGAUAAACGAUAAAUCAAUUGAUCACACAAUAAAUUAAACUAUCAACCUCAUUUCAAUUAUCGUCUAUAUCAUUUCUUCCUGCCUUUUUACCUUACUGUUGGUUCUCUUACACUGAAUGAAAAAUGGCUCCACUCCACUGACCCUCUGUUGACAUUAUGAAUGUUUUUGUGCUCUCAUUUGUUGUUGUUGUUGUUUUUUUCUCAUUAUUGGAUUAUUGUGUGUCACAUCACGUGACCUGUCUAAUUGAACACACUUCUGUACAAUAAAAGGGUGUGUCCUCCAAACAAAGGGAGAACAACACGAAA